AGCUCUGAGGCUGUUGUCCAAUGGCUGAGUGACUUUCAGCUGCAGGCCUACGCUCCAAACUUCAUCAGCGCCGGGUAUGACAUAUCCACCAUUAGCAGAAUGACCCCAGAGGUAAGGAACCCUGACCUCUGACCCCCUUAUCCUUUGACCUUUAAAGUUAAAAGUCACGCCCUAACCACACCCCGUCAACCUCACCGCUCACUCACUGAUCUUAAAGCAGUUCCCUUGGUAACCCCUCCACUAAACAAACCCACCAGUAACUCUGAAGACAGUGGAGAUGCAUAACCCCCCCCCCCCCCCCCGACACCAGUUUCCCCCCUAGGAGAGUCGCUCAAGUCACUGAGCACACUGAGCAUGCCCAGGGCCUCGUCUGUGAUUUGCCAGGACAGGGCUGCCUGCAGCCUUUAGCGCAGAUGGACUCAAAGCUCCUCCUAUGACACAGUCCUGUGUGUUCUGUUUAUUGUGCAUAAAUGUGUGUGUGUGUGUGUGUGUGUGUGUGUGUAUGUGUGCGCGUGUGUGUGUUCAUGCGUGCGUCUCCCUCUGUGCGUGUACCUCAGACUAGUGAUGCAAUUACACCCCCAGAUGAGAACCAAUCAAUCAAUGUUUUAAUCUACUAAUGUAGAAUAUUACUAAAUAAUGAGGCCAUCGACCUCUAACUGCCGACUAUCUGGCCCAUUAGCUAAGUAGAAAAAUAAAUUACAGAAAAUACAUUUUUAUCUUGGCUGCUUUUUUUUAACAAUCAAUCAUUGUAGCCUACGCCUUCUCAUUUAGCCAACUUCAUUCUGUAAUUGUAAAUUCCAUUUUGGCGUUGAUAGGAAAUCUCCCACUUCACUUGCUACUACACACGGAGUCUCUGGACGGGUUAGCGUUGCUCUGACUGAUCCGCAGUAACAAGCUGCAGGAGAGGAAGUGACUGUAAGUCGCUUUGGAUAAAAGCGUCUGCUAAAUGGCAUAUUAUUAUUAUUAUAAGUGUGUAGGCUACCGGCACGUCUUUUCUACGGGCCACACUCAGGAAAAACCCUGUUGUUCUAUUCAUAUGUCUAAUGGCAUGGGCUAUCCUUGUAUGUAGCAAUGUUUCCUUUCAUUAUUUAGACAAAGCCUUUUUUUUAUAUAAAAAUAAAUAAAAAUGAAUACUCUCGCAAAGUAAGCGAAUAGUAACGUCCGUUCGGAUAUUGGAAUAUUCAAAUGACCAUGCCCAUCCCUACUGAUCAAUGUUUCAGUAGGUCUACUCCCUCUGAUCAAUGUUUCAGUAGGUCUACUCCCUACUGAUCAAUGUUUCAGUAGGUCUACUCCCUCUGAUCAAUAUUUCAGUAGGUCUACUCCCUCUGAUCAAUGUUUCAGUAGACCCCUCUUUCAACCUCCCUCUGAUCAAUGUUUCAGUAGACCUACUCCCUCUGAUCAAUGUUUCAGUAGGUCUACUCCCUCUGAUCAAUGUUUCAGUAGGUCUACUCCCUCUGAUCAAUGUUUCAGUAGGUCUACUCCCUCUGAUCAAUGUUUCAGUAGACCUACUCCCUCUGAUCAAUGUUUCAGUAGACCUACUCUCUGAUCAAUGUUUCAGUAGACCUACUCUCUCUGAUCAAUGUUUCAGUAGACUACUCCCUCUGAUCAAUGUUUCAGUAGGUCUACUCCCUCUGAUCAAUGUUUGAGUAGACCUACUCCCUCUGAUCAAUGUUUCAGUAGACCUACUCUCUCUGAUCAAUGUUUCAGUAGACCUACUCUCUCUGAUCAAUGUUUCAGUAGACCUACUCCCUCUGAUCAAUGUUUCAGUAGGUCUACUCCCUCUGAUCAAUGUUUCAGUAGACCUACUCCCUCUGAUCAAUGUUUCAGUAGACCUACUCCCUCUGAUCAAUGUUUCAGUAGACCUACUCCCUCUGAUCAAUGUUUCAGUAGACCUACUCCCUCUGAUCAAUGUUUCAGUAGGUCUACUCCCUCUGAUCAAUGUUUCAGUAGGUCUACUCCCUCUGAUCAAUGUUUCAGUAGACCUACUCCCUCUGAUCAAUGUUUCAGUAGACCUACUCCCUCUGAUCAAUGUUUCAGUAGGUCUACUCUCUCUGAUCAAUGUUUCUACUACCUGGUACCCCUGGACAUUGACUCAGUACUGGUACUCCUUUUAUAUAGCCUCGUUAUUGUUAUUUUAUUGUGUUAAUUUGUCAUUUUUUAAUCUUAUGCCCAAUAUUACUGGAGCUAAAUCAAAUCAAAUCACGUGCCAAAUACAACAGGUGUUCCUGCCGAUAAACGUCCUUCGUUAACGCCGACUACAACAGGUGUAGACUUUACCGUGAAAUGCUGACUGACGAGCCCUUUCCCAACAAUGCAGAGUUAAAAUAAAAAUGGGGCAAAUAACUUUGACAUGAUUUUGUCUAGAGUUACACGGUCUUCAGUGAUGUAAAGGCUACAGCGUUGACUGUAGCUGUGUUCUGCGCUUAAAAGGGUCCGUGCGGAAAACACGUGCGCUUUAAAGUUUCCGUGCGGAAAACACGUGCGCUUUAAAGUUUCCGUGCGGAAAACACGUGCGCUUUAAAGUUUCCGUGCGGUGAAGAAAUGGAGAAGCAAAUAAUGGCGUCAAAACAAUUCCUGCCGACAAACGUCCCUCGUUAACGCGUUAUUAAGACGUUAACUUUGACAGCCCUAAUUACUACAGAUGUAGGAUCUUAAUUUGAGCCAGUUUUGCUACAGCAGGAAAAUAAUCCUGCAGCAACAGAAAAUGUGAAUUAUUAUGUGGAUUAUAAUUAAUGGAUCUUUUUUUGUAGGGGUUGAUACAUUUUUUUUAUACAGUGUGUCGUCAAAUCUAGUCUGAAAUUUUUACGUGGAAAUUACAAACGUUAGAAGCCUUUAUAAACCUUGAAUACACCAUGCAGGAAAAUUAUCAGCAACAAAAGAGUUAUCAAAUUAAGAUCCUACAUCUGUAUAUUAGGAUAAUUAGAAUAUAGUGGAGUGGGUGGGGCCAGGCUGUGGGUGGAGCCAGGUUUUGGGUGGGGCCAGGCGGUGGGUGGGGCCAGGCUGUGGGUGGGGCCAGGCUGUGGGUGGAGCCAGGUUUUGGGUGGGGCCAGGCGGUGGGUGGAGCCAGGUUUUGGGUGGGGCCAGGCGGUGGGUGGAGCCAGGUUUUGGGUGGGGCCAGGCGGUGGGUGGAGCCAGGCGGUGGGUGGGUGGAAUCAGACUGUGGGUGGGUGGGUGGAGCCAGACAGUUGAUGGGUGGAGCCAGAUGGUAGAGACAUACGGUGGGUGGAGACAUACAGUGGGUGGGUGGAGACAGACUGUGGAUAGGUGGGGCCAGGUGGUGGGUGGGUGGAGCCAGACUGUGGAUAGGUGGAGCCAUGUUGUGGGUGUGGCCAGACAGUGGGGUGGGUGGAGCCGGGGUCUAGUGAUGCUCUUCUCUAAAACGCUUCUUUCUCACUGCCAACAUGCUCUCUCUUCUUCACCUUUAUUUUCCUUUGGGGACAUUUGCAUCACCUUCUCUCCUGUCCUGUGGUACACCUUCUCUCCUGGACACUGUGGUGUGUCUGUGGUGUCUUUGUUGUGUGUCUGUGAUGUGUCUGUGGUGUGUCUGUAGUGGCUGUGGUGUGUCUGUGAUGUGUCUGUGGUGUGUCAGUGGUUUGUGUGUCUGUGGUGUGUAUGUGGUGUCUGUGGUAUGUCUGUGGUUUGUGUGUCUGUGGUGUGUCUGUGGUUUUUGUGUCUGUGGUGUCUGUGGUUUGUGUGUCAGUGGUGUGUGGUGUGUGUGGUAAUGAAGUGUGUGUGUCUGUGGAGAAGUUGGAAGUGUCUCAGCUAAGCUCUGAUUUUCCCUUGGUGGUACGUGCGUGUGCUUUCUGUAGGAUCUCACGGCCAUCGGAGUGACCAAACCAGGCCACCGUAAGAAGAUGACAUCAGAGAUCAACAAACUCAGCGUCACU